GAUUCUUAUAAUGUAUUAAAAUGUGCUUCAUCUUUACAGAAUGAUGAAACAGGACACAUAACCCUCCUUACCAAUUUGAUUAACAUUUAAUUGCUAGAAGAAAAAACGCGGAAGAAACGCUUAAUUGGAUAUCUUUAAAUUGAUUAAUUACAUAAUCACAGGUGUAUAUAUAUAUUUUUUAAAACAUUAUAUGGCAAUAACUGUUUUUUAUGUCUAAGUGGAAGAACAGUCAUAUGGAUUCCUUUUUCCCAUAUCUUCAAUGGUUCAGCUCUUUUCGGCACCACAAGCACUUGACAGCGUUAGACAAUUUGUCAAGUUAAUAAUUUAUCAUAUUUAACUCUAACAUGCCUACAUAUUCGUAUUUCUGCCAAUCUAUUGUAUGUUGUAUGUCUAACAAAUGCCUGUGGUUAUACAAGAGUGCGAUUUUACGUUUUAAUUACCUUUCAUUACCUUUGCACUAUAAUACAAGUAAUUCAAACCAGGUAUUUUGUGUGUAGUGUUUCAAAGCAUGCUACAAACACAAGAUAAUUUCAUAGCUUUAGUGACAUCACUGUUUGUAGAAUUAUGAGUUUGAAUUUCGAUAACAGCAUUCAGUAAAACAUGCUUGACUUUAUAAUAGAAGGACAUGUGCAGUUCUCAGUUUUGGACUCCGAGAGCCGCUGUUUAACAACGGUGCGUUAAAAUCUCUCUGUAUCCGCCUCAGACUCGCCCAUAGCGUCAGAGGAAGAAAAUCCUUUCUCUGCCGUUUUCCUCAUUUUCUCAUGCUUGAUGGAUUAUUUUUCGGUGACUCUUUUAAGAAUACCAAAUUAAGGAGUCAGCCUCGGCAUUUAUUCACUAUAAGGACUGCAAAACUGGACGAGGCGGCUCCUGGAUGUCAUUUCUGAGGGUGUUGCAGUGAUGUGGCAGACGGUAUUGUUUUUCAUCAUCCUUUCUUCACGCUCCGUGCUCGGACAGGUCAGUUACUCUAUUCCGGAGGAAAUGGAGAAAGGCGCAAUCGUUGGAAAUAUAGCGCGAGAUUUAGGUUUGGAUGUACAGACAAUGAAAUCAAGAAAUGCCCGCAUAUACACGGGUGACGAGAUGCCGUAUAUCGAGUUGAAUAAAGAGAGGGGAAUUCUUCUCAUUAAGGAGAAAAUAGACCGAGAGGCUCUUUGUGCAAAAACGACUCCAUGCGCUUUGCAUCCUCAGAUUGUCCUAGAGAAUCCAAUGGAGCUAUAUAAAAUAACAGUAGAAAUUACAGAUGUAAAUGAUAACUCUCCACAUUUUCAAAGAAAUGAAAUUAUUUUUGAAAUUAGCGAGUUAGCUGUACCCGGUGCUAAAUUCGUGUUAGAGCAUGCUAUCGACUUGGAUGUUGGUGUUAAUGGCUUGCUACGUUAUUCACUGAAACCUACAGAUCAUUUUGCUUUGCAAUUACAAAGCCAAACUGAUGGAGAUAAAAAUAUGGAGCUGGUGUUACAAAAACCGCUAGAUCGCGAAAAUCAGAAACAUCUGACUUUGACGUUAACCGCCACGGACGGAGGCGAACCACGCAUGUCUGGAAGUGUAGAAAUACACAUCACUGUUCUGGAUGUUAAUGACAAUGCUCCUGUUUUCGAUCAAAAAAUGUAUAAAGCCACACUUACUGAAAAUUCACCAAAAGGCUCUGAGUUGAUAACUGUCCGAGCCCUUGAUAAAGACGAAGGCUCUAAUGGUUUAGUAUCAUAUUAUAUCUCAAACAUCAUGGAUUUAAAUGACGUCUUUGUAGUUGAGCCACAAACUGGUAAAGUGUCAGUUAAUGGAUUAAUUGACUAUGAAAAAGCAAGCCAUUAUCAACUAAACAUACAAGCUCGAGAUCAAGGAGGCCUUUCGGAUUCUUGCAAAGUUAUAAUUGAUAUAAUUGAUGUAAAUGAUAACAAACCUGUGAUCAAUAUUGUUUCUAGGUCAAAUACUAUAUCAGAAGAAUCUAAGCCUGGCGUGAUAAUUGCAAUGCUUAAUGUUAAUGACCCAGACUCUGAUCUUAAUGGGCAAGUUCAAUGCAGUAUCAAUGAAAACAUACCAUUUGUUAUCGCAUCUCAAUCCAGCAAUUUCUUAGCCUGCGCACAGAUCAGGAAUUGGAUAGAGAGAGAGAAGCUGAGUAUAACAUCACUGUGACUUGCUCUGAUGAGGGAGUUCCCUCACUCUCCAGCAGCACUUCUCUCCGUUUACACAUAUCAGAUGUAAAUGAUAACGCACCUGUUUUUGACAGAAAUAAUUACGAGGCCUAUGUGGUGGAGAACAACACACCAGGUCUC